AGACAAUUAUAAGACCCCCCAUUCUACCUCCCAGCACAUGCUGCUCUGCCUCUUCAUUGACGUAUUUCAUCAAACACUUUGUGUGCUCUCCUUCUCUCUCCCAUUUUUUCUCUCUCUCUACGCCCUCUCUCUCUCUCUGAGCGACGACUCUCUUCCUUUUUCUUUAAAGGAGAGAGAGGGGCUGUAGAGAUCCCUGCAUUCUUUUUUCUUGGAUUAGACAGAAUAAUUUAAAAAAAGAUUAGAAAAUAAAGAAACAGAGAGUUUGAGUUUAACAACAAUGGAGGUUGCUAAGGCUUCGUUCAUUGUUUUGGUUGUUUUCUCUCUCAUCUUUGCAAUGGCUCAGGCUCAAGCUGCGGGCCCUGCACCUGCUCCUACCAGUGACGGAACAAGCAUUGAUCAAGGAAUAGCAUACGCGUUGAUGCUGGUCGCUUUGGCGCUUACAUACCUCAUCCAUUGAACAAGAAGGAGCAACAAUGGAGGCCUCAUCAUCAGUAACAUCUCACCUGCUCUUAAAAUGACGGAAAUGCUCGUGAUUUUUGGUGUCUUUUUUUUCUUUCAAAUGAUAAAAUUUGUUAAGAGUGGAUUAGUUGUUACUAUUCCAAAUUUGUUUAAUUGAUGCUUAUUAUAGAGAGUAUGAUUGAUUGUGAUUGACUAGGAAGAGGUGUAUUUUGGGCUCGUUUAGAUAUGGUUUUAUGUACAUCUAAUUUGUGUUAGAUGGGUGUUUAUGAGUUUAUUUGCACAUAAUUUUAAUUA